AGAUGGCGGCGACUUGGGGAGGAUUCAUCAACGUCGUGGCCUUGGCGGUGCUGGUUCAAGUUGCGGCCGCUGCAACUUACACUGUUGGAGGCUCGGAGGGAGGGUGGGAUCUAAGCACAGAUCUGCAGACGUGGGCGUCGGCUCAGACGUUUGUGCUUGGUGACAGCCUGAGCUUCGCAUACGCUCCAUCCCAUGAUGUGGUGGAGGUAACAAAAGCAGAAUACGAUGCAUGCACCGCAAGCAGGCCGAUCCAAUCUUACACAGGCGGGAGCACCGUCAUCAAGUUAUCGGCACCCGGGAAGCGACACUUCAUCUGUGGGAUCGCAGGGCACUGCACCGCAGGGAUGAAGCUCGAAGUCGACGUUGUCUCCGCAGCGGCGGCGGCGGCGGCGACGCCACCGCCCGUCCCGACACCAACGAACCCUGAAGCUCCUGCUGCUUCUCAUGGACCUCGUUCACCGGGGAGUUCGCCGCUCGGCAGCGCCACGAGCACGGGUUCAUCAUCGUCGGAGCCACCUGCUGUAGACCUGGUUCUCGCUCCAGUUUCGCCACCUCCAUCGCAAUCUGCAGCCGACGGAGUUGGCCAUCCAAAGCUUGCGAUUGGACUCACCAUGGGAAUGCUGAUGACUGUCGUUCUGUGACGACGUGUUCUUUCUUUUGCGUUUCCGAUGCGACCGAAACUGUUCCGAUGUGUGUCGGACAUCGUUGAAUUCUUUGACGGUAGAGUAGUUCGGAGAUGUCAUUGUUCUUGCAUUCAAGGAAAAUAACUUCGACUUCAAGUAAA